AUGAGGUUUCGGUUUCAGCCGUUGCCGAUCUCGGGGGUUGAGAAGAGGGUUAUAGAUGUUAUCGAGGCUGAGAAGGUGAAGGUCACAUCUGGUGGACGCGCUGCGUUGUUGCGGUUGAGCGAGGGCGACAUGCGUCGGGCGCUCAAUGCUUUGCAGCCCACUCUCCCCGCGGACAUCGAAACGGUCGUGAACGCCACGCUUGCUGACGAGUUCCUGACCGCCUGCUCCAUGUUUAACGCGCUCGAAGUUGAACGGGGUCUCGCGCUGCAAUAG